AUGGAGUGCUCCUUCGGCCUCACAGGCAAGGACUUUGUCCUUCUCGCUGCCGACACCUCGGCUGGACGGUCCAUCAUCCAGAUGAAGGAUGAUGAGAACAAGAUCAAGGCGCUGGGACCGCAUAUCGCCAUGGCGUAUGGAGGGGAAGCGGGAGAUACCAACAACUUUGCCGACUUUGUGGACCGGAACUUGAGGUUAUAUCAGAUCCGCAACCACACACCCCUCCUCCCCGCCGCAGCCUCCGCGUGGAUCCGCCGCAGUCUCGCCGAGUCCCUUCGUUCCCGUCACCCCUACUCCGUCAACCUCAUGCUCGCUGGAUUUGACAUCACCGACUCCACCUCGCACCUUUACUGGAUAGAUUAUCUCGGAACGAAAGCCAUUGUCCCAUACGCGGCUCACGGCCUCGGACAAUAUCUCGCGCUUAGUACGAUGGACAAGUGGUGGACUGAGGGCGUGGACAAGCGGGAGGGCAUAGAGAUCCUCAAGAAGUGUGUGGAUGAAGUUGGAAAGCGAUCAACCUUGAAGUUCAAAUUCAACUGUAUCCUCAUCGACGCGAGCGGGAUCCACCACAUCAACCUCGACUCGUCCGACCCAAUAGCCGAGAUGGAGCAAGCAGGCAAGGCGGCAGAAGUCAUCAACCCAAACCCACCCCUGGAUGUCGGUAUCACAGCUUAG